AUGUCACGGCCGAGCCUGCCGCCAAUAGUGGUCAACGAUGGCAACAGCCCCAGCUCCAGUGGGGCGGCCGGUGUAGAGGGAGCGGCCGAAAGCACUCGAAAUAUCCCGACCCGCACAUUGACACCACAGGUGCCGGUGGUCGCAUCCCCAAUAAGUGGUCGUAGCACGCCUUAUGGUCCCUACUCGUCCCAGAGUCCCAUCAAUUCCACCGUAGAGUUAUUGGUGCCUCCGUCGUCACAAGCUACAAGAUUCCAAUCAUACCUCGACAGUCCGAUUUCCUCGCGCCGUUCGAGCUGGAGUACCGACGCCGGUGGUAAUGGUGACUCCCGAUACGGUCCUUUCGCCUCACCAUUCGAAGACUCUCCCAGUAUGGCGGCAUCACGAACGGGAUCCCCGGACCACCCCGAUCCAAUCUUCCUGCAGACCAUCGCUGAGAAGUACAACAUCACGCCAACGUCAGACCUACUACUCUAUCCGAACGACAAGGAGGAUGACGAUGUCUAUCACGAUCCAGCUACGGGAAUGGAUAAUGAUCGGCAGUGCGAUAUCUUCACCAAGAGAGGAAUGGUCAACGUCGGUGGACUGGCGUUCAUCACAAUAGGAAUCUUGCUUCUCUUCAUUGGCUACCCGGUCAUAACUUCCGUGCGCGCCUACGUUGCCGACAGCAAGAAAGAUAUAUGUACGCAGGGAGACCUCUGUCUGGAUGUUGGUCCUAGAGACCUGCUCCAGAAUUUUCGAAGCUCCCUCGUCGACCCGGAUACACCAGCUAGUGCGAAGUGGAGGAAAUCCGCGGAUGGGAAGGCUAUGAAGCUUGUGUUUUCCGAUGAAUUCAACGUUGAUGGCCGGACGUUUUAUCCGAAUGAAGACUCGUACUGGGAAGGAAUGGAUCUCCAUUACGCUGCGACUGUGGACCUCGAGUGGUACGACCCAGACGCAAUCACAACGAAGGACGGAUAUCUGGAAAUCACUUUCGAUGCCAUCAAGAACCACGACCUUGAUUAUCGCUCGGGGAUGCUUCAGAGCUGGAACAAGAUGUGUUUCAAGGGUGGUUUGAUUGAAGCUAGUAUAUCUUUGCCCGGUAGGGGAGAUGUUUCCGGUCUGUGGCCCGGAUUCUGGACGAUGGGAAACCUCGGACGGCCAGGCUAUCUCUCGACCACCGAGGGAAUGUGGCCGUAUUCCUACCACGACGGAUGCGAUGCCGGUAUUACUGCGAAUCAGUCCAGCCCCGAUGGCAUCAGCUAUCUACCGGGAAUGAAGCUUCCUGGUUGCACUUGCUCAGGCGAGGAUCAUCCGAGCAAGGGCAAAGCGAGAAGCGCUCCCGAAAUCGAUAUCCUCGAGGCAACUGUCGGCGAUAUUGGAGAUGGGAAAGGAAAGGUUGGGCUGGUCUCGCAGUCGGCGCAGGUCGCACCAUUCGACCUGUGGUAUCAGCCAAACUACGACUUUGCGGCAGUCUACAAUCCCGAAUUUACGGCCAUGAACACCUACCGGGGAGGAUAUUAUCAGCAGGCCAUCUCAGGAUUAUCGGUCCUGAACAAUGACUGGUACGACGGUAAAAAGUACCAGCGCUAUGGAUUCGAGUACCUUCCUGGUGACGAUGGGCACAUUACCUGGAAUAUUGGAGAUCAGAAAACCUGGAAGAUGACCGGUGAGGCCACUGGUCCCAACGGAAACAUUGGGCAGAGACCAAUUCCCGUGGAGCCGAUGACUGUCAUCAUCAACUCCGGAAUGUCCACCUCGUUCGCUCUCGUCGAAUUCGAGAAGCUCCUGCCGUUGUUCCCCGCAAAGAUGAGGAUCGAUUGGAUCCGUAUCUGGCAGCUUGAGGAUUGCGAGGACUGUUCGGUGACCUGUGAUCCCCCGGGAUACCCGACCACCAAAUACAUCAAGAAGCACGAGAAGGCCUUUAUGAACCCCAACCUUACGAAUUGGGAGGCCACCGGAUAUGACUGGCCCAGGAACGAGCUCGUGGAUGGAUGUGAUUGA